CAAAUUCAAACCUAUAACUUUGAUAGCAACAUUGUUUUUCGGCAACUUUAGAUUAGUUGCCGUUGGGGGCAUUCUUUCUCCCGCGUGUUCGUUGAAUUUCGGACAAGGAGAAUGUUGGUAAUCCAAAUAAAGGCGGGAGAAAAUGAACAGUUUCUUCGAAGCUUUUUAAUAACAGAAUAUUCCGGGCACCAGUGAAUUGCAGACAAUGGCUGCGUGUCACGAGUGCGAAGCAGGAAGAGAUUUACAUCAAUUUUAUAUCAUCAGAAGGUAUUUUUCUGUCAUCCAGGCACCUUGCUGUGGUAAACUGUAUGUAUGUAGGCUGUGCCAUGAUGCAGAGGAGAACCACCAGAUGGACAGAUUUAAAGUGGAAGAGGUGCAAUGUUCCGAAUGCCAAACAUUACAACAGGCACAACAGGCAUGCCAACAGUGUCACGUGCAGUUUGGGGAGUAUUACUGUGACAUUUGUCACUUGUUUGACAAGGAUAAGAAGCAGUACCAUUGUCAUCCCUGUGGCAUAUGUAGGAUCGGGCCAAGAGAGAAGUAUUUCCAUUGUGACAAGUGCAACUUGUGUUUAGCGCAGGACCUGCUGGGGAACCACAAAUGUGUUGAGAAUGUUUCCAGGCAGAACUGUCCGGUGUGUAUGGAGGAUAUCCACACUUCUCGAAUUGGAGCGCACGUUCUUCCCUGUGGUCACCUUCUUCAUAAGAGCUGUUUCGAUGACAUGGUCAGAACUAGUGCUUAUCGCUGCCCUCUUUGCAUGCACUCUGCCUGGAACAUGGAGGAACACUGGAAUCAGAUAGACAAAGAGAUUGCCCAGUCACCAAUGCCCAUUGAAUACCAGGGUACCACUGUCAAAAUUAUGUGUAACGACUGUCAAGCCCACUGUACAGUGCCUUUCCAUAUCCUGGGGAUGAAGUGCACUGGCUGCGGCUCCUACAACACUGCGCAGGAUGGAGGUCUCAUCCAGCAGCCUCCAGAGCAUGAUAAUGACAAUGAGCCAGAGACAAAUGCAGAGCACCAACAUGAUCAAUCUGAGUCACCUUGACCACAAACCACAUGACAACGAUAUCACACUGCUCAACAGCAAAUUGUCAUCAGAAAUAGCUUUAUGCAUCCCAAAUGUAUUUUUUAGGCUGAUUUAAAAGUUUCUGAAUUUUACCAUGCAUUGUGGACACCCAAUUAACAGUAAAAUUUAAAGUGUUUUUCACAGGACAGUGAUGAUAUAUUAUAGGGCCUGAUCAAUAUUUUUAAAAGCAGAUGUUGAGUUUUUGUAGAAAAAAAAUACAGCUUAUUGGACAAUUUUUAAAAAUGCAUAAAGUAUCUUUUUCCCCAAAUGCAGAGUCGGGAUCAGCACAAAAAAAGGUUUACUUGCAUCCGUUGUUAAAAAUGUAAAACUUUGUUGACCAGUGUUAUUUUACACUUUUGUUUGCAUUUAUUUUGGUUGUCAACGCUGCCAUUGGCUCGUGGUCAGUCCAGGGAGCCACCUGUUGUAGGCUCUAGCAAUCAUUUGACCUGAAUUUAAAUGUGAUUGAAAAAUAGAUGGAUAUUGUAAAAUUGUGAGUAAAUAUUUACUGGUACAUUGUACAGUUCCCGGUUACUUUUGUUGCCGCUUAUCUCCUAACGCAGGUAUGUCCAUCUCCGGUCCUCAAGGGCUGCCGUCCUGAAUCAAGUGCUGGAGCGGGAAGACAAAACACACAGGACAGCGGCCUUCGAGCACCGGGUUUGGACACACUUGCUCUGCUGGUAAGAAGAGAGCUACUCUGUUUUCACUUUUCUAGUAAACCAAAUGAAUAAUAACUGUACAUUAACAUUUCAUUGUACGCUGUCUUUCCCCUUACUGUUACAUGACGGGGGGGCUCUAAUUGGGGGUUAUAAUUGCUAAGUUUGAUCACCGUAUUGGUGAAAUAUUAAAUUGUUUUGAAGGA